AUGUUCAGACAGACAGUCUCGACGUUGUCGCAGGUAGAGGUCUCCAGAGAACUGGGGCCUCUCCUGUCCCAUUCAGCUGUCAUAGUUGAUGGGAAUACCACCGCGUACCCGCGUUGGAGCAGCUAUGAGGCUCCCGCCCCCGGAGUCGUGGUGACUCCAGCCACUGAGGAGGAUGUUGCAAAAACAGUCGAAUUUGCAACGUCAAAGAACAUCCCGUUCCUCGCGCAGACUGGCGCACAUGGAUGGUCUGAAUUCCACCUCAAGCAAAAUGGAAUAAUAAUCAACAUGAGGAAGUUAAACUCGGUGUCGUUCAACUGCGACAAGACGCAAGUCACUAUUGGAGGCGGGGUCUUGAUCUCCGAGCUUACUAUAGCUGCAUUCCAGAACAUGGCUCUCGUCCACACGGGUAACUGCCCUUGCGUCGGGGUCUUGGGCGCUGGUCUUGGCGGUGGAUAUGGCAACCUGCAGGGUCUGUAUGGCCUCGCGGUCGACAAUAUGCUGUCACUGAACGUGGUUCUGGCUGAUGGAAAGAUUCACACGAUCACACCCAAGGAUGAAGAUCUCUGGUGGGCGCUUCGCGGUGCUGGUCCUAACUUUGGCAUUGUCACUUCAGCGAUCCUGAAGUCGUUCCCUGUCUCGUCAGAUAAACAAAUCGCCUGGUUUGGUCAACUCAUCUACUCUGGAGACAAGAUCGAGGACGUGGUAAAAGCAAUUGACAAUCUCACCUUGGCACCGGAGAUGAGUAUCUUUAUGUAUUUUAUAACUAGUGGUGCUCCAAACUAUUCACCCAUGAUUGCACUUACGCCGUUCUACUACGGUCGGGAGAAAGAGGCCAGGGCUGCAUUCAAGCCCCUUCUUGAUCUUGGUCCGACGGAUGACACUACGAGCGAACUCCAGUAUGCCCACUGGAAUGAUGGAGCGGAGGGCUUUUGUACCAAAGGUGGGUACAAGCCGGCAUACACUGCCGGCCUCACCAAAAUGGAUUCCACCACUUGGAAGGCCGCCUGGGAUGAGUACGUCAAGUUCGUUGCGAUAAAAGGCGCCGGCCAGAGCAUAGUGAUUAUGGAGGCGUACUCCUUGGAGAAAAGUCGGUCUUUUCUUCAGUCGUCAUCUGCAUUUGCCUGGCGCAACAAGGUCAACUUCAACGCUGUGGCCAUCCCAUGGUACUAUGACUCGGGCCUGGAGUCGGAGGCAAAGGCCUUCGGUUCUAAACUUCGUGACUUGUGGCGGUCCACAGACGGUCUUGAUUCUCCGGCUGCGUACAUUAAUUUUGCCCAUGGCGAUGAGGACCUUUCAGCCAUCUACGGUGAGAAUCUCGACCGCCUGAGAUCCAUCAAGGUCCAAGUGGACCCGAACAACGUCUUCAAUCAAUGGUUUACCCUGUGA